UAUGUCAUCAGAAAAUAAGGACAGUUUAUGGGAACUGCCUGUGUCAGGAAUGGACUCAGCACUGGUGGUGGGACUCUCCUGCCGUGUGGGCUGCAGUACCAGGGCUGACCAGGGCAGGUGCUCUCAGCAGCCAGAAGCUCACUCCUGCAAUCAGCCAAACCUGGGGCUGAUUGCAGAAGGUGUUCUGCACUGGUGGUGGGACUCACCUGCCGUGUGGGCUGCAGUACCAGGGCUGACCAGCGGGUGCUCUCAGCAGCCAGAAGCUCACUCCUGCAAUCAGCCAAACCUGGGGCUGAUUGCAGAAGGUGUAUUUAAGGCAUGACCAGGCCUGUGAUCAGGGCCUUGGUGUAUGUUUUCCCAUGAGCCCCUGUACCUGGUAUCCUGUGUUCCUGCUUCGUUGCUGACCCUGCUUGA